GACGGCAACAAACACACUCACACACCAGGGAUAUUGCAGAGGAAGAAAAAGAUCUAAAACGCUGAGGUCCAAAGCGUUUCGUUUUGAAUCGAUCAGUUAGCUUAUGAGCGUUGAGUGAUCCGAGGUGCCGGAGACGGACGAGGUCCACGACAGAUUAAUGCAGAUUUCCUUUGGGCUGAAGCUCCUUAUACGCUCGCCAGCAGCUGUUGUCGGACGUGUGCGUGUGUGUGUGUGAGCGCAUGCGUCUCUGCACUCUGCUGUUCUUCUGAUCACACAACUUGGUCUGGAAACCGCAGUCACAAUGACUCUCCAGUGGACUGCUGUGGCUUUGUUCCUCUACGCAGAGAUAGCGGUCAACCUGAUAUUGUGUAUUCCCUUCAUAUCAGCACGGAGAUGGCGCUCAGUUUUCAGCUGGAGAAUAUGGAACUGGUUAUCUCCAUAUUGGAACAAAUGCUUUUUCACCAUGAUCAUGGUUCUUAUUGUUCUCUUCCUCGAUGCUGUCCGCGAGGUGCACAAGUACUCAGGGCCUGAACCCAUGCAGGACGCCAAGGUGAACCCAAACGUGUACGACAACGUGCACAUGAAGCUGUUCAGAGCCCAGAGGAACCUCUACAUAUCUGGCUUCUCUCUCUUCCUCUGGCUCAUCAUGCGUCGGAUUGUCACUCUGCUGAACCAGCUCGCUGUCACGGUGGAGAACAGCGCGGGCCUUCAGGCUCAGAUGGACGGGGCCGUCAAGGCAGCCAAGCGGCAUCAGGACGACAACUUGAGGCUCACAAAAGCUCUCCUGGAUGAGGGGAAAUCCUUGUCAGUAGAGAAACAGCAACUGAAGCUAGAAGCCGAGAAGCUGGCAGAUCAAGUGAAGGUUGCUGAAGAGGCUGUGCGCAAGUCUCAUGCUGAAGUGGAGGCCAUGAGGAGGCAGGCCAAAGGUUUGGCCCAAGAGUAUGACCGACUACUGAGCGAACAUAAUCAGCUCCAGAAUCUCCAGAGUCCGACAGACAAAAAGGAUCAGUAACCACGGCAACACAGUGACAAUUGUUUCCAGAUUCCACCUCUUUACAUCCUUCUUUCUUUUCUCACGACUCUAACACUGUGCGCCGUGUGCCGGGGGCCACCAUUUCUAUUAAUCUAAACUGAGUCAACUUUUUAUUUGAUGGGAAUAAACAAACAGUAGGCUGUAUCCAAUAAACAUGAUAAUGUAAAGUUAUCACGUCCUUAAAACAUCUACUUACUAGAAGAUAUGCCAUUCAUUUAAACAAUGUAUUUGUGCAUGCUGCAUAAUAAAUGUGUAAG